GUGGGCGGCCAUUUUAGGUGCGUACUCUCAAGGGCUGUGGCGGGAUUGGUUCCGCGUGUGGUCUCGUCGGCUGUUCCCAACCUACCGGGGCCGGGUCUGGAGCCCUUCCCCUCGGGGCGGGACCUCCUAGCGGCCGGCUUCAGGUGAAGGGUACCCCCGCUGAAGGAAUAUUUAAAUUCUGGAGAUAGCAACUCGGUAUCAUGGCCGGCAGCCCUAAUGAAGAUGCAGAAGGAAGCAGAAUCACCUAUGUGAAAGGAGACCUUUUUGCAUGCCCCAAAACAGACUCUCUAGCCCACUGUAUCAGUGAGGAUUGUCGGAUGGGUGCUGGCAUAGCUGUUCUCUUCAAGAAGAAAUUUGGAGGGGUGCAGGAACUGUUAAAUCAACAAAAGAAAUCUGGAGAAGUGGCUGUUCUGAAGAGAGAUGGGCGAUACAUAUAUUACUUGAUUACAAAGAAAAGGGCUUCACACAAGCCAACUUACGAAAACUUACAGAAGAGUUUAGAGGCCAUGAAGUCCCAUUGUCUGAAGAAUGGAGUGACAGACCUCUCCAUGCCCAGGAUUGGGUGUGGUCUUGAUCGUCUGCAAUGGGAAAACGUAUCCACAAUAAUUGAGGAGGUGUUUGAGGGAACAGACAUCAGAAUUACUGUGUACACACUCUGAACAGAUGAGCAUUUUGGAUGUGUCCAUGUUUUCCGGUGUCAUUCCUACUGGGCCAUAGGACUGGGCAAACUGACUUUAAAAAUGAUCAGAGGGAAGUUUCAUGUGAAAUUUUCUGUGUCAACAGGCCAUGCUUGGGUCUCUGUAUUCCCAUGAUUGGGCUGGGACUCUGAAGGAGAGAUUGCUUGGGAAAUGAUGCUGUGAUUUUUUAAUUUUUUUUUUCAGGAAGGUAGGUUAUAGCCUGAUAAUAUUAGGCAGGGAACCAGGUGUUGGGCCCUAUGAUCCUUUUUUGCCCCAGGAUGCUACCAAAUUUGUUUGGCUUGCCACUAGGUGGCAGCAUUGAUUCUACUUCUCUGAUGUUUAAGAGAAAUUUUAGGAAGAAUGAACAAUUCAGUUAAUUUUGCAUCUUUUGUAAUUUGUGCAUUUACUUUGUAUUAUCCUUAUGUCCUCAAAUUCAUCCUAGGAAAGAAUUUUGAGGUGUGUUUCUUUAGUUAUUUAAAUUACAAAAAUGGGUUUUUACAUUGUUAACAAAGAAUUUGUGGGGGAAAGUGGGAAAAUAAAUAUCUUAGGCUACAGUGA